AUGGCUUUGUCGAAAUUACCAAAAGCUUUUGAUCUACAAUUUAAUAUGAAGAAAGGGUAUUUUCCGCAUCUUUUUAACAUAGCGAAAAAUGAAAAUUAUAUUGGGCAAUUACCCUCUGUAGAAUAUUACAAUCCAAACGACAUGAAAGUAGAUGAGCAAAUUAUUGAAUACUGUGUUAAUGAUGUUGCCAUUUUAACACAAUCUUGUUUAAAAUUCAGAGAAAUGUUCUUGAAACAGUGUAAUGUUGAACCAUUUCUAGAAGCAACAACAAUUGCAUCUGCGUGCAAUCUUGCAUUUAGAAGAAAUUUUUUAAAAGAGGACACAAUUAGUUUAAUUCCUAAACAUGGAUACAGAAACUCAGACAAUCAAUCAAAAGUGGCUAUUCAAUGGUUAGUAUGGGAAGAAGAAAAAAGAAAUAUUAACAUCAGACAUGCAGCAAAACAGAAAGAAUCAUUUGUUAACAGUGUAAAAGUGGACGGGUUUUGUUCAGAAACUAAUCAAGUUUUUGAAUUUUACGGUUGUUAUUAUCAUGGACACCCUACUUGUAUACCACAUAACCGAAAUAACAGUUUGCAAGACGAUUCAAAUGAUACAAUGAACACGAGUAAAGAAGAAGUAAGUUAUUUAAAAAAACAUCCGUUAGUGCAACAUGCACCAUUGAAUCCUCGAGAUGCUUUUUAUGGAGGACGAACAGGAAAUGUCUACAACUAUUAUAAAUGCAAAGAGGAAGAAAAAAUAAAAUAUAUAGACAUUUGCUCGUCACACCCUUGGGUUUGCAAGUACGGAAAAUUUCCUAUUGGCCACCCGCAAAUUUAUGUCGGGGAAAGUAUUUGUUCUACUCUAAAACUAAAUAACAUGGAUGGAAUUCUUAAAUGUAAAAUUUUACCUACAACGAACUUACUACAUCCCGUUCUCCCGUUAAAACAAAACAACAAGCUAAUGUUUUCAUUAUGUCGAAGUUGUAGUGAAGAAAAAUGCCUUGAAGAAUGUUGUCCACAUUCAGAUGAGGAAAGAGCUUUAAUAGGAACAUGGGUAAUUGUCGAAGUUGUAAAAGCUAUUCAAAAAGGUUAUAAAGUGUUAGAAAUUUAUGAAGUGUGGGUAUACCAAACUACAAAAUAUGAUAAAAACAUGGAUACACAGGGCUUAUUUACAAAUAUGAUGAACAAAUUUAUUAAAAUUAAGCAAGAAGCUUCAGGCUGGCCAUCUAAAUGUGUCACUAAUAACGAAAAAGAAAACUAUGUUAAAGAUUUUUUUGACAAAGAAGAUAUUCAAUUAGAGCAUGAAAAUGUUAAAUUCAUUUUGGGGCAAAUUUGGUCAAAGAGAAAAUUUACAAAAAACAUCAAUCAUUAA